GAUACAUGUAAAGUUAGUAGUGAGCUUGCAAAUUCGUGGACGGAGUGUCGUUUGUAACUGUAGCUUUGUGUAUCGAAAAUUCGAACAGAAUGGCAAGAAUAGCAGCCAUAAAACAAUCUUUGGAAAAAGCGUUACACGAUGAAAGCAAAACAUGGGCAAAGUAUCUAGGCAAAGUCGAAAAAAAGACAGGAGUCGAUCGACUUUAUGUUUUUUUAAGUUUUGUUGGAUUUACAGCAUUAUAUUUGGUGUUUGGUAUUGGUCAGCAGUUAGUUUGUAAUAUCUUUGGAUUUAUAUAUCCUGCUUAUUGUUCUAUGAAAGCCUUGGAAAGUCCAAAGAAAGAGGAUGAUACAAAGUGGCUGACCUAUUGGGUGGUUUUUGCAAUUUUUACAAUCGUUGAAUUUUUCGCAGAUUAUAUUUUAUGCUGGUUUCCAGUCUAUUGGCUUUUUAAGUGUCUCUUUUACAUUUGGCUAAUGGCACCUAUUGAACGUAAUGGUUCCUUAAUAUUAUACAACUGUAUUAUUAGACCAAACUUUUUAAGAUAUCAUCACAAAGUUGAUGCAUUGAUAUCGUCUGCUCAGGAUGCUGCUGUUAAAGCCGCAGCAAAUGCUUUGCUGACAGAAAAACAGGAGUAAUAUUUACAAUUUUGAAUUCCUAGAGGCUUAAAAAAUAUGCCUUAAAAAUUUUUACUGUUUUCUCGUCUCGUCCAUUUUUAAUAAAAAGGAAACUGCAAUAUAUUUGACAGUCUUAAUUUCCUAUAUAUAAUGUUUAUAUAGUAGUAUAAAUUUUAUAAUCAAUUGUGCCUAUUAUUAAGAUGCUGUUAUAAAAUCCAAUUACACAUGUUAUUGUGUAUCUUACAAAUUUCUAUAUCUUGUCAGGAAUGUAGUUCAUCAGAUCACAAAAUUUUGAAUGAAUGUAAUAAAUACAUAAUACUGUCAUAAAUGCAAAUAAAAAUUGUAUGAAUACAUAAAGUUUAUAAUUACAAGUCUUACAAAAAUGGCUGUGCAAUGUUACGUUCUGUUGCAAGAUUUUUACAUAAGCCAAGCCAAUUUAGUAAUAUUGAACAAAUAAUUCUUACGAUAUCAUUUGUGAUUGGAUAUUAAUGAUAUUUUAGACAGUUAUAAACACUAUCCGAGCAAAUGUUUUCUAUCAUAGUAUAAUUGUCUGUAUAAAGAUAUUUUUAUGCCAUGAUAUUACAGUUAUAAACAAGGUGAAUAUUUUUAGUAUUGGAAAUGAGUGUAUAAUGAUUUGUAAAAUCACCAAACAAACGACCUUUGUAAAAAAUACAUAACACGAAUGACGAGAUUUAUAUUUACAAUUUUGUAAGUGAGGGUAGAAUUAGAUAAUAUAAAGAUUGAGAAUAUGACAUAAAUCAUAAUACAUGUGUAUGAUGUAUGGAUACUAAAAAUUAAUGAAUUGUAGGUAAGCGCAAAAUUUUUGAAAUGAUAAAUUAGAUAUUAAUCUUGCACAAGUAUAAAGACAAGCUUUAAGUAUAUUUGUAGCGCCAAACUUAUAUUUGAACAGGCGUUAUUAUUUUAUAAGAGGUUGAAGAAAUAUGUGGCAUUUUGCGACUGACCAGUCGUAUCUUAACAAUCGGGAGGCAAUGUCAAGUCAUUGUUGAUCCAUGCCAAAUUCGCGUAUUCAGACCUUAUAAAGUAAAGUGUAAGAUGUUCCAUCGUUCUUAAAAUAAAUUCUAUACAUUUAAAUAGUA